AUGUUUCAGCAUGUUACUGAUCGUGAGCGACUUGGCGACUACUGCGGAGAGACGGUGCACUUAAUUCCACAUUUUACGGAUGCAGUAAUCCAGUGGGUUGAGCAAGUGGCCAGGAUUCCCGUUGAUGGCACAUUGGAAAGGCCAGACGUUUGCAUCAUUGAGCUCACCUAUGCCACCUAUGUCACAUACGCAAAACUGCCAACCGACGCAUUGUUGUUAACAUGUUGUUGCUGUUGCAACAUGCUACCUGUGGGAACGGCCAUAGGUUGCUUCCUUGCCCUGCGGAGAAGGAAAUGGGCUGACAGUGCUGCAGCAAAAGGAGACGAGGAGAAAAAAGGAAAAGAUGGACCGCCAAGAGCUUCGACAGGAAUCUACUGGCAUACCUCAACAAAUCACGAGAGAAGCUGCGGCCGCAUCAUUGGCGAAGAUGAUGUUGACGAGAAGUUCGGAGAGAUUGAAGAAAGCGACGAAAAAGAACACGAAGAUGAGAAAAGGAAAAAUCUCUGGUGUCGCGAAUGA